ACAAUUUCUUUCUGAUAAACCCCUAGGGUUUUACUUCCUUCGCGUCGGAAAAACCGGCGUCCCCUUCGUUCACCCUGAUGCCCGUCAGUUCCAAGCUUAUUGCUCUACUCUCUUCCUCCUCGCCCCUCCGCCUUUUCACCUCUUCCUCCUCGCCCCUCCGCCUUUUCACCGUCGGUUGCCUUGCUCGUUAUACUCACCAUCCGUUCGCCGCCUUUUCCUCCGCGUCGGUCUUUCAUGGCCGUCAUUACUCCGUCUUCAAUCGCCCCAAUUUCAGGUUUUGGUACGGAGCAGCAAAUCAUUUCCACUCGGAAGCAGCUAUCAACGAACGGUGCGGCGAGGGAGCGACCUCGUUCUCUGAUUCCCAGAAUUCGCAUCCAUGGCCGGAGUGGUCGAAGCUUGCGGGUCUAUUGGCAGAGAAAGGUUACUUAGAUCGGUGCAUAACGUCUGGUGAUGACGAUGACACGUUUUUAGCGGAUGAGGAUUUACCGGAGGAGUUUUUGAAGGCUGCUAAGGCAUGUCUAGGCUUUGCAAGGGACCGGCCAGACAUUUUAAGGCUUCUUGCCAAGAAAAAUGUAGAGGCUAUUGUGCUGAAUGGGUUUCCAUUCUUAUUCAAGAAUGGUGAGAAUUCAGCUAGGAGGUUGAAAUUGUAUCUAACUGGCGAAGGAAGCAAUGAAUUAGAGCUGGAGAAGGCUCAAACUAUUGAUGUCAUGCGGUAUCUCUUGAGCCAUGUCUAUGGCCUUUUGUCUUCAUCAGAUGACACUAAUUUGACAUUUGACAAACUUGUUGAAAGUUCCGUGCGAAAAUUAUUGUGUGAAUUGUUUAAUUUGAGUGGAACUGUGUGGAAACCAAAAUCAGUAGACGCCACCUUGGCAGAACUUCCCUCAAGCAAUGAACAGUUGUCUGUCCAUCUUGGGCAAUAUGCUGAAAGGAGUAGUGGUGACUUGAUUUACCCAAAUUUGCAUAGGAUUCCAGUUCGAUCGUCUGCUGCAUCAGAAAAUCAGCCAAACGUUUUGGACAACACUACUGACAAAGAAUACCGAAACAGCAUCUUCAACCAGAAACAAGGCCCUGAGGAGACCCCAUCAUCGGAAAUUGGAGGUAGGAGUCCGUCAACUAGCGGUUUUAUCUCUUAUUCUGGUCAGCCUUCCGCCAGCACUUUGGACGAAAAAUUAGAAUCUCAAAAUAGAGUUCAAAUGAGCAGCACAUCUAAUGCACAGCUACCAACUGAGACCAAUGCUGCUUAUGGCUUUACAAAUCCAGGUCAACCAUUUAGCCACUCGGGAAAUAACUAUAAUUCUUAUUAUGGCGGAUACACAGGGAAGUCAACCCAGCCAUCUUUUAACUCAUGGACAAACAGCUGUCCUACCUAUGGUGGAUCAAUUGCAACUUCAUCUACGCCGCCCAGUAGCUCAUUGAAUGAGCACCCUGCUACCUCAUACAAUGGAUACAAUGCAAACGCAUACCACAACAGCAGUGCAUUUCAUGGCAGACCAACUACAAAUUCAUCUCAGGUUCCCACGAACUCAUGGAACAACAACCACAACACUUCUUUUACCGGAUCCAAUGUUGGUUCAGCCCAACCAUCAAACACCUUAUGGAGUAACAGCAAUCCAUCACAUGGCGGGUCAUCUCUGAAUUCAUCUCAGCCACCACCCAGCGAGUCAUGGAGCAAUUACAACACUGCAAAUCCAGCUCUACCAUCCAGUAACUCUUGGUGUAACGGCAUUACAUCUUAUGGCAAAUCCACUCCAAACUCAUCUCCACCACCGAUUGGUUAUCAUGGUAACUACAGUACACAGUACGAGGGAUACAGCAGUACAUCUCAAACUGGAUUCACUUCCAACUCAUGGAACACGAACAAUGCUUCACCUGGUGGAUUCCAUGAGGAAUUAAAGCAGCCUUCUAAUAUCUCUUACAGUUCAUCCACAGCGUAUUCAUCACCCCAGCCACCCAACAACUCAUGGAACAAUUACAAUACCCCAUAUGGCGAGAAUGUUACGAAAUCAACCCAACCAUCCGGCAACUAUUGGAGUAACAACAAUACAUCCUUUGGUAGCCACAACUUAAAUUCAUCUCAUCCCCCCAGUAACUCAUGGAAUAACCACAAUACUAACCCGCCCGCAAAUUCUACGGAGCCAUCCAUGAGCUCAAGGAACAGCAAUAAUUCUUAUGCUGGAGUCAGUGCAGAUUCAUAUCAUAGAUAUCCUGCAAAUUCAAACCAGCAGUCGAGUCAUUCGUGGAAUAACAGCAGCAGUUCUUAUCCCGGAGCCUCUGCAAAUCCAACUCAGUCUACAUGUAGUACGUGGAACAACAGCAGAGAAAGUUAUAGUGGGUUUCCUCAGACAAGCAAUGGAUUGCCUUCUAGUGUGAAUGCGAAUUAUGGUUAUUCAGGGAGGAGCUUGGAAGGAUCUUGUGUGAAAGAAGGGCCUGACCCGUUGGACAUGUCUGAAGAAGCAAAGGCUGAGAGAUGGUUUCGCCGGGCUGCUCAAAUCAAGGAUAUUUCAGAGCUUAGCCAGAUACCUGAUGAAGAUUUCCCUCAAAUUAUGCCAAUGAGGAAGGGAGUUAACAGGUUUGUUGUCAGUAAGAGGAAGACUCCUCUUGAGAGGAGAUUGGCAUCACAACAGUACAAGAGAAGCUUGCCUGUUGUUAGUUCUGAGCCUGAGAAAGAACCAACAGCUAGAGAGACAGAAAUUAAUCUUCAUCCAGAUUGAUGGCUGUGAGUUGGUUAGAUUUUUUCCAUUAUAUUUAUGUUAGCAAAGCAGAGUUUCUCUAAUUUAGUGGAACACUUGUAUCAAAAUAAUUGGUGACUGGCAACUUCUUCUAUAUGCUUUGAGUAAAGAAAAUUUUUAUGAUAAAAAUGAGAUAUGGCAACUUCGUUUAUGUAAAGCAUA